CGGCCACUGGGAAAGGGACAAGGUAGAUUCCCACCCCGUCACGCCAGGACACCCCGCGUCCCACAUAAACACGGACAGCGCUCUUCCGUAUCCGCCGUCUCUCCUUAAGUGUAGAUGAACGGGAAGGGAAGGCUGGAACACCCUUCUGGGGCCGUUUAUGAAGGCGAGUUCAAGGACAACAUGUUUCACGGAGCAGGGACUUACACGUUUCCAAAUGGAGCCAAGUACAUCGGGCUGUUCAAUGAAAACAAGCUGGAAGGUGAAGGAGAAUUUAUAGACGAAAAAGGAGUGGAGUGGAGCGGCAYGUUUCACCACACAGCAGCAGUGGGACUGAAGCAGAAGCUGAAAAUGUAGCUGUAUUUGGCACUAAYAGUACCACAGAAUUAAGGCAAAUCUUUGUUUGCAUUUGGGGUUCAAACAGCUGUGAGCAGUUUUCAGUAGACACUCGUUUCCU